AUGAGGAAGUUGCCCGUUUACGUCAUGAGGAGCCCCCUGUAUUGGACGACUGUCCCGUCAAGAAAGCCCCCCCCCCCCCCCACCCCCCCCCCCCCCCACCCCCCCCCCCCCCCACCCCCCCCCCCCCCCACCCCCCCCCCCCCCCACCCCCCCCCCCCCCCACCCCCCCCCCCCCCCACCCCCCCCCCCCCCCACCCCCCCCCCCCCCCACCCCCCCCCCCCCCCACCCCCCCCCCCCCCCACCCCCCCCCCCCCCCACCCCCCCCCCCCCCCACCCCCCCCCCCCCCCACCCCCCCCCCCCCCCACCCCCCCCCCCCCCCACCCCCCCCCCCCCCCACCCCCCCCCCCCCCCACCCCCCCCCCCCCCCACCCCCCCCCCCCCCCACCCCCCCCCCCCCCCACCCCCCCCCCCCCCCACCCCCCCCCCCCCCCACCCCCCCCCCCCCCCACCCCCCCCCCCCCCCACCCCCCCCCCCCCCCACCCCCCCCCCCCCCCACCCCCCCCCCCCCCCACCCCCCCCCCCCCCCACCCCCCCCCCCCCCCACCCCCCCCCCCCCCCACCCCCCCCCCCCCCCACCCCCCCCCCCCCCCACCCCCCCCCCCCCCCACCCCCCCCCCCCCCCACCCCCCCCCCCCCCCACCCCCCCCCCCCCCCACCCCCCCCCCCCCCCACCCCCCCCCCCCCCCACCCCCCCCCCCCCCCACCCCCCCCCCCCCCCACCCCCCCCCCCCCCCACCCCCCCCCCCCCCCACCCCCCCCCCCCCCCACCCCCCCCCCCCCCCACCCCCCCCCCCCCCCACCCCCCCCCCCCCCCACCCCCCCCCCCCCCCACCCCCCCCCCCCCCCACCCCCCCCCCCCCCCACCCCCCCCCCCCCCCACCCCCCCCCCCCCCCACCCCCCCCCCCCCCCACCCCCCCCCCCCCCCACCCCCCCCCCCCCCCACCCCCCCCCCCCCCCACCCCCCCCCCCCCCCACCCCCCCCCCCCCCCACCCCCCCCCCCCCCCACCCCCCCCCCCCCCCACCCCCCCCCCCCCCCACCCCCCCCCCCCCCCACCCCCCCCCCCCCCCACCCCCCCCCCCCCCCACCCCCCCCCCCCCCCACCCCCCCCCCCCCCCACCCCCCCCCCCCCCCACCCCCCCCCCCCCCCACCCCCCCCCCCCCCCACCCCCCCCCCCCCCCACCCCCCCCCCCCCCCACCCCCCCCCCCCCCCACCCCCCCCCCCCCCCACCCCCCCCCCCCCCCACCCCCCCGGCGCCAGUUCAGCAGAGUACUGCUUCUACAACUGUGCCCACAUCUACCCACCUCCUGACCUGCUGGGCCAGCAGUCACAGCCGCAGCGGAAGGCCUGA